GCUAUAGCAGGUGUGGAUGAGCCAACGCAACACUGGAGUACGUACACGUCAGUGGAAGCCAGCAGUGAACUAGGAAGUGGCUAGCAGGCUUAGCCAGCGAAGGAUCAUGAGCAGCUGAGAAUCUUGCGUGUUUCCACAGAAGGGCAGGAUGGGCAGGCAGAGGAAGAGGGUGGUGACAGGUGAUGCUUCUCCCUACUCAAGGAGAGACGAGAGGCCCUCUGCACUUAAUCGCAAAGAGAAAAAAAAGAAAACAGACAUUGGAAAAUUGUUCAUCAAUAUCUCCAUUGGGCUCUGCAUAUUCAGCCUCAUGUGGUUCUUCUAUGCCGUCUACAUGCGGUCCAGUCUGUCGAAGCGUGUAGUGACUCUGCAUCCAUCAUCUCGCAUUCUUGAUGCCAAUAGCACCACUGCAAAGGUUUCCUCAGAGAGGUUCUGGGGCUCAUACAGGCCUCAGGUCUACUUCGGUAUGAAAACAAGAAGCCCCAGGUCCGUUGUGACAGGGAUGAUGUGGAUGCGGCAGUUUUCCAACUCGGACAUGAACCUGAGGCAUACUUGUGAGCAGGGCGAUCGUUUGCAAGGCUACAGCUGGCUCAUGCACGACGGAUUGACUUUCGGCGUCCAGGAAAUGCGAGAUAACGACUUCACCCUAACCACUGAGUUUGUUAAGCGGAUUGGUGGGGAUCAUGGAGGAGACUGGACCUGGAGGAUCACAGCCAAACAGCAUAGCUCAGCUUCCCAGCCUCCUGUUAUAUCCCUGAUGUUUUACGCCGCAGCAGACACGCAGGGCUCGCUUCAGACUCACAUGGAGGAGAAGAAUCGCCUUGCUUCCAUCACUGGUUUUUCAGAGGAACUGGGAAACUUUAAGAUCACUUUUAGGAAGCCUGUCACUGGGGAAUUAUCCAGCACAAAAUAUGCCAGUUACAACUAUCUUCAAACCUUGUCUCCUGGUUUAGAGAAGCUGACUGACAUUGUGAAGCUCAGUCUGAACCGCAGGUUUGUCUUCAGCCCUCCAUCUGGUGAGAAGAGGCAUUACAUAGGUGUGGACACCUACAAGCCGCCCCAUCACCAGAACCAGCAGAAAGCUGCUGACCCACGGAAAGAAAGCGACUUUGUGGUCCACCAGGUGACCGUUCAGACGCCUUUCCAGAUUGAAGUUCUGUUUGAGUCUGGAAGUUUCUACAAUCGCCCCAACCAGCUCGUCGGUUCUAUCAUGACUCAGGAGCUGGAAAGGAGGAAAGCUGAGUUUAAUUCGAAGUUUGAGAAAAUAUUUGGACUAGAGAGUAAAGGUUUUAGCCAGACGCAUAUCAAAUUUGCCAAAGCAGCGCUCAGCAACAUGUUGGGUGGAAUGGGAUAUUUUUAUGGCGAGUCAGUGGUGCAGUCAGUCUACAAUGAAUACCCUCUCCUGUACCCCGGAGGUGCUUUAUUCACUGCUGUACCGUCACGCUCUUUCUUCCCCAGAGGCUUCCUCUGGGAUGAGGGAUUUCACCAGCUGCUGCUGAGUAAGUGGGAUCCUCAGCUGACCAGAGAGGUGAUAGGCCACUGGUUUGACCUAAUGAACAUUGAAGGCUGGAUCCCCCGUGAGCAGAUUCUUGGAGAUGAGGCUCGCAGUAAAGUCCCAGCUGAAUUUAUUGUUCAGCGGAACGAAAAUGCGAACCCACCUACCCUCUUCUUAGCUCUGCAGGAACUAAUUGAACAGCUCUCUUCAAAGUCAGAUGAGGCAGCAACUAGACCAACCCUGCCUUUCCUUCGAAGGCUGUUCCCCAGGCUGAAGACCUGGUUUGAGUGGUACAACACCACACAGACGGGGCCAAAGCCCAACUCGUACCGCUGGCGUGGACGAGACAAGGACACUAACCUGUACCUUAAUCCUAAAACUUUAACCUCUGGACUGGAUGAUUACCCAAGGGCCUCUCAUCCCUCCGCAGACGAGCGGCAUGUGGAUUUGCACUGCUGGAUGACCUUGUCCUCAGGCAUCAUGGCCAGCAUAGCUCAACUUCUAGGUGAGCCCCACCAGGACUAUAAAGUCCUGCACGAUGUGCUCAGAGACAACAACCUGCUCAAUGACCUUCACUGGUCAGAGCAACUCCGUGCCUUCAGUGACUAUGGCAACCACACACAAAACGUCUCCUUGCAGCGGGAGAAGGUGUACGUACCGCCCGGACAGCCCCGCCAUCAGUUUCCCGUGGCACGUCUCGUACGCUCCGUCCGCAGGGCCCCCAAGCUGCAGUACGUCAACGCUCUCGGUUAUGUCAGCUUGUUCCCCUUCUUACUCCAAAUCCUCCAGCCCGACUCGCCAAAACUGGAACACAUCCUCCGAGACAUGAGAGACCCCACUAAGCUGUGGACGCCCUUUGGCCUGCGCUCUCUCUCGAAGACUGAUCCACUGUAUAUGGAGAGAAACACGGAGCAUGAUCCCCCAUACUGGAGGGGACCAGUUUGGAUCAACAUCAACUACCUGGCAGUCAGAGCUCUCUAUCACUAUGGUAACACAGAAGGGCCAUACCAAGAGAAGGCAGCUGAUCUUUAUAAGGAACUCAGGACUAAUAUUAUAAACAACGUUUAUGCGCAGUUUGUCGAAACAGGGUAUAUCUGGGAACAGUACAAUGAUGGCACUGGCAGGGGCCAAGGAAGCCACCCCUUCACUGGCUGGUCAUCCUUGACAGUAUUAAUGAUGGCUGAGCAUUACUGAUGCCCUCUAAUCCAUCUCUUUGUUGCUUUAAUUCAGGCAGCAUCGACUGUUAAGAUGUAAAAAUCUUGACUAUGGUGACAGAAACGAGAAGAGAAGUUACUUCUGUCAUUAUCACAUUUUCAUAUGAACCCUUUAAUAAAAAUGACAGAUGUAUAUAUUUCCACCACUGGAAAACAUUUAAACAGGUGUUAGGUGUAGCUCUUGCUGCUGAUUUCCUUAUUGGACAUGCAGCAUAGCCCAAAAUUAUUUUUAGAUUUUGAUUUAGAACACUUUCCACUCAACAAUAUGUGUGGUUCUGAUUUUAAUUUAGACAGACAACUCUCAAAUAAAAUGCAAAAUUAUAUAUAUAUAUAUAAUUUGCAUUUAAUAAAAAGUCUUUUUUAUAUCCUCUUCAAAGAUAGGUAUUGGAUGCCAAUAUAGGUUUGUCUUCUUCAAACUGCUGAUCAGCUUUUUGCAUAUUUCCUCUUUUCUUUGGUGAUGAUCUCCAGGUGUUUCAUGCCGUUACCAUUACUUUAAUCUUUAUCUCCCUCUGUGUAUUUUGUAUCGGAUUCAAGUCGCAACCUCCAGGGCCAUUCUGCAACACUAACGUUAUUUCUCACCAGAAGAAAUAUUUUGUGAAAUUAAAAUAUUUCUUUAAGCCUAAAUUUAAAAGGGGUAUGGAUACUUAUAUUUUUUACUGUAAAUCCUCUAAUAUUGUGACUCUUUUGAACCUUUAAUAUUAAAACUCUCAUUUUCAGAAGAUGAGGACAGAUAUACAGAUGCCCCACAAAUUAGAAUAUUAUUGAUAAAUGCAAUUUAAUUCAGUUAUUCCAUUCAAAAAGUGAAACUCUUAUUUUAUUCUGAUUAUGCAUUACAGAGUGAUGUACUUAAAAUUUUUGUUGUUAAUUUUGGUUAUUUGGGGUCACAGCUCACAAAAACCCACAAAUUCAAUUUCCCUGAGAACAUAAAACUAUUACCAAAAAAUUGUAUAUGUCAACCUACCAAAAAGUAUGUUUAUAUGCUGAACAGUCUGUACUCUCAAAUUUUGUUGGAGCUCGUCUUGCAGGAACUAUUUAAUCAGUGAGGGCUGUCAAGGAGUUGACCAGCCUAAGGUGUGAAGACACCCCAGGUUGCUUUAAGAGUGACUUUAAAUUGUCGACAUUAUUGGGUGGGAACUCUUGAAACACCGACUCCUGCAGCAUUGCGAAUCUCUUGUGAACUCUUGCUAAAGACUGCAGUCAUCUGUGUUGCUUGUGCACAUUUUCUACCACACAUUUUCCUUCCACUCAACUUUCCAAGAACAUGCCUCAAUACAGCAUUCUGUGAACAGCCAACUUCUUUGGCAUUGACCUCUUGUGGCUUAGCCUCCUUGUGGAGAGUGUCAGUAACUGACUGCUGAGCAGCUAUCAGGUCGAAACCCUUCUUCAAAAUUGUGCAAGUCAUAACAUUGCUAUAGCAUAUAAUUUCUGUUUCAAGCCUUUUCUUCCUUUCUUUCAACAUUAUAAAAAAAUAAAAUUUUCCCUCCGUGGUUCAAAAACUUUUAAGCCAUAAUGAUAAAAAUUUAUUCUUAAAAAAUCUCUCUGUAGCUAUUGAAUUGUUGAGUUGGAGUUUUUAUUUUUGAAAUUGAUUGCUAAAAUAAAGUUUGAUAUUCUAAUUUGAGAGUCACCUGUUGUAAGAACAACACUUAAUCAAGCAAACAAAACAGGUCUCCCCAUAAUAUUUAUUGGAAAAAACGCAAAACUAAAAUGAAAAAGGUGCUGGAAGGUUAGUACACCCCUAAUAUUAUAGAAGCAUAUAGAAUUCAUUAACCUCUUUGAAUUUAAGUGGUGUACUGAAUUUAAAUUGAACAUUUAUCUUAUUCUCUUUAUGCCAGAAAUGAGAACUGAAAUUACAUCUGUCAUCACAUUUUCUCAUCAUCUGUCCAUAAACUUCUCUGUUUGUUUUGGGGAAUCCCAAUAUUUUCCAGACCAGAAGGGUCAGUAUUCUGGGACCUGAUGAACCCUUUAUGAUAUUAACAGUCUUUUGUUUUUUCACUGUUUACAAAAGAUUUUUUUUUAAGUACAACUCCGCUGUCUUAAUAUAACUACAUUUGUAAAAUCUUCACUGAUCUGCAUUCACACUAUGUGCCACUUGAUUGUCGGAAACAAAGACGGACAUCUGUAUUUGUUAAAUUGCAACCCUAAUUGAUGAAAUCCAAGGACAGUUUUCAUUGGGCAGCUGGUUAAUUCAUGUGUUUUGGAAUUUUGAGUUGUACUUUUACUUGGCAAAAUCAGGCUUAUGAUAUAUAAUUGUGCCAUUUUCUCACAUGUAUUGCUCUUUUGAUUCAAUGUCUUAAAUAUCAGUCAGUUUUGAUGUUUGUUUGUUCACACUUUCUAAAAAGACUCAAGGUUUAUAAAAUGACUGUUUCUAAUAGCAGACAUUUUGUGUACAUUGUGGUUUGUCUGGCAAGGGAAAACAAUGCUGAAGUAUUGGAUUUGUUUUGUCAAAAUAUUAAAUGGUUUAAAUAUUU